CGGGAACUAAGGGUUUCAUUAAAAACUCUUUUGAAACCCAAUCACUAUGGCAUAUUUUAUUACCCGGAAAAAUUGGUCAUAGAUGUACGAUGUCGGAAAACUUAUUACAAUUUCCUUAAUAUUAUUUUCGCAGUAACUUCAAUCCAUGGGGUUAUUCCACUUGACAGUUAUUCCCACAUAGAUGGAAUAAUAUAUGAAAUUAAAGAAGAAUUACGCAGUCCAGAAGAAUUGCCAUGUUUGGAGAAGACUGUGUUACUCUUGGAGAAUGUCAAGAAUUAUACGCUUUGGGCCACUUGGGUAUGGAACUCCAAUGUCCUACCAUCGGGCAACAUGUACGCUUCAUGGAUCAACCUGGGUAACUUCGACCAAUGUAUGAACCCGCCAUGGUUGUCCACACACCCUCAAUUCAGAAGCCAGUACUGCAUGGCCGACGUUAAGUUGACAAAUGUCACCAAGAAACUGGAGAAAAUUGACCCGUAUAGUUACGCUGAGGAUUACAUAAAUUCACCAUCACCAAAAAUGGCGUACCCAUUGAACCGAGUGCAGUGGGGUGUUUGCAUGCCCGCGUCCUGCAAGCCCCCCGCCGUCGCUAAGAUCCUGAAGGUUAUGUACCAGAUCAAUAACUUCGGUCCCAACCCUCCUAAUAUCACAGUUGACAGCUGUCAAAUAGCCGGCGCCAAGCAGCAGUACGGCUAUGGAUUCUUUAUGUUCAUUUCACUCUACUUAAAGGAAUCAUGUAGUCAAUGUUUAUUCAUCUUUAUUUCCAGAGCUUUAACACUAACUUUAGUGGCAUUGGUAGCAGCUUCUACGUACUACCGAAAAUAUGUGGUCAGUAAUGAAGAUCCUGAUAGUAUUGACACACUUAUAACGAAAUCAUUUUGUCUGAUGAAGAACUGCCAAGAUCUGAUGAAGGAGAACAAGCAAGAGAUAAAAGUGAUCAACGGGAUGAGGUUCAUCACCGCUUUAUACAUUGUGAUGAUACACGAGGUCUUCUACAUGUUGCUCUCAGGAAUGAUCAACACUCUGAGCUAUGAGAAGCUUCUGGAAGGUCCAAUGGGAUUGUUUCUUCACUUGGACAUACUGGUGGAUACUUUCCUCGCCAUGUCCGGAUUACUCCACAUCAAGGGUCUAUUGGCGAACCCUGAGAGGCAGAAGAACCUAUUUUUGGUUCUAUGGAAGAGAUAUUUAAGAUUAAUAGGACCUUACGCAAUGACUAUUUUCUAUCUGACAGCGGUUCUAAUAUACACUGGUUCUGGACCCGUGUGGCAUAGGAAUAAUAGCCUAGAGACUGAGGUCUGUCAGAAAACGUGGCGACUUAGUUUAAUGAUGCUUAACACUAAUCCUAAAGAAAUUUGUCAUGCGGUAACUUGGUACCUCUCCUGCGACUACCAGCUGACUAUUUUGGGAACAGUCCUGUUCUACUUCUACCAGAAAGAUAAAAAGCUUGGCUUCACAGCAUUCGGAACAGCCGUGGUCUUCUCAUUCAUCAUUCCUGGAGUUAUCACAUAUUGGUACCAACUGCCUGCCAUUCAUUUUAUGGAUUUAGGUAAGGUGCUGAACAACGUUCGUGACUACGGCGAGAUUGGUUACACGUACACGGUGAGCUACAGUCGAGCUGGACCCUACCUCGUCGGCAUCGCCAUGGGAUAUGUCAUGACCGUGUUCAACCCAGCUGACUAUAGGAAGACCAUUUCUAAGUUUAUAAUUUAUUUCCAGAAAUGGUCAAUUAUCGGCACUGCCAUCAGUCUAGCAGUGAUGGUCGCCAUGUUGUCGUUCGGGCAGUUCUUCCUCGGCAGGGAGUAUAACGUGAUGGAGAAUAUCAUAGUGACCAUCACCAACAGGGUGGCCUGGGCUGUCGGCGUCGUCUGCAUCAUCGGUCUUUGUGAAUAUGGAACAGUUCCCCUGGUCACCGAGUUCCUCGGUCUGUCAGUCUUCACUCCCCUCAGCCGACUGUCCUACGGCAUCUACGUGAUUCACACGAUACUCAUACAACGGAAUCACGCCGUCAUGAGGUCGCCACAUCUCUUCGAUUUAUAUGCUAUUGCAAUGAACUUGACUGGGACUUUAGCAGCCUCGAUAACACUUAGCUUCAUCAUGUGGGUGCUGGUCGAAGCUCCAGCUAUCAACCUCAGUAAUAACCUUCUUUUCAACAACAGAUCAAAAAGUCCUGCUAGCAAGGAACCGCAGAAAAAUGGAAUUCUGAAAGAAAACGGAGAACUUAAAACCAAAGCUUUAUAAAAAUAGUUCAUUUAGUAAUAUGUAGGUAAAGUUUUAUGUGAAAAGAAGGUAAUUACGAAGAAUCUAUUGCUCUCUUAGUUUAAAAUACAAACGUAAUUAGGCAAUUAUAGGGUGUUUUGUCUUAAUAACAAAACAAGUAAGAUAAUAAAUAAUCAAAAAACCCACGUUUUUAA